AUGUUUAUGCUGAGACAGGUGUUAACUCCUCCUUCACCUCCUCUUCCUCCUCCCCCUCCCCUCCUCCCCCUCCGCCUCGUAGUCUACCUGGAGACGUACGGAUGCCAGAUGAAUGUCAGCGACACGGAGACGGCCUGGGCUAUCCUCCAGCGGAGCGGCUACCAGAGGACCAGCAACCUGGCAGAGGCUGACGUGGUUUUGCUUGUCACAUGUUCCAUCAGGGAGAAGGCCGAGCAGACGGUCUGGAAUCGGUUGCGGGUAUUCAAAACUCUGAAGACGAAACGGCAACGUUCACGGAGGUCUCUGCAGAUCGGGAUCUUAGGCUGUAUGGCCGAGAGGCUGAAGGAGAAGAUUUUGGACGAGGAGAAAUUGGUCGACAUUGUAGCCGGCCCAGACGCUUACCGGGACCUGCCCAGGCUCUUGGCGGUGGCGGAAUCCGGCCAGCAGGCGGCCAACGUCCUGCUCUCUCUGGACGAGACCUACGCAGACAUUCUGCCCGUCCACCUCAGCCCUGGCGCCCCCACAGCCUUCGUGUCCAUCAUGCGUGGCUGUGACAACAUGUGCAGCUACUGCAUCGUCCCCUUCACGCGUGGGCGGGAACGGAGCCGGCCCUUGGCCUCCAUUCUCCAGGAGGUACAGAUGCUCUCAGACCAGGGUGUGAAGGAAGUGACCCUUUUGGGCCAGAACGUCAACAGUUACCGGGACACCUCCGAGGUCCAGUUCCUCUCCUUGGCGUCCCCUGAGCUCAGACAAGGAUUCCGGACCGUCUACAAAGCCAAAAAAGGGGGGCUGCGUUUUGCAGAGCUUCUGGACCGAGUGGCCGCCGUGGACCCAGAGAUGAGGAUCCGCUUCACUUCUCCGCACCCCAAAGACUUCCCGGAUGAGGUCUUCGAGGUCAUGCGGGGAAGACACAAUAUCUGCAAACAGGUGCAUCUUCCCGCCCAAAGCGGCAGCUCCCGUGUCCUGGAGGCCAUGAAGAGGGGGUACACCCGGGAAUCAUACCUGGAGCUUGUAUACCGUCUCCGUGAUUAUUUACCAGGGGCAACGCUGACCAGUGACUUCAUUGCCGGAUUCUGUGGGGAGACGGAGGCCGAUCAUCUGCAGACGCUCUCGCUCCUCCAUGAGGUCGGCUACAACUUCGCCUAUAUCUUCGCCUACAGCCAGAGGCAGAAAACGCGGGCCUUCCACCGGCUGCUGGACGACGUCCCUCCCGAAGUGAAGCACCGUCGGCUGGAGGAGCUCAACGCCGUCUUCCGGGAAGAGGCCGCCCGCCUCCACGCAGCAGCCGUGGGCCAGACACAAGUGGUGCUGGUGGAAGGGCCCAGCAAGCGCUCCCCUCUGGAUCUGUGGGGCAGGAACGAUGGCGGCAUCAAGGUCAUCUUCCCGGACGUGGAGAUGAGCAACGGGACGGAGGGGCCGUCAGCUGUCCGAGCCCAACCGGGAGAUUACGUCCUGGUGGAGAUCUCCUCGUCCUCCCCGCUGACCCUGAAGGGCAGCCCCCUAUGCCGGACCACGCUCAGAGGCAGCUCAUCCUCGGCAGAGGCCGUCCGUGGAGCAGCCCCGGGGGCAAGGGAAGGAUUUUCGGCGCCCUCCAGACAACGAGGGGCAGCCAAGGACCGGUGAGCAGCGGCUGCACCCGGCCUGGCGCCCCUUGGAGAGAGGCUGUUUGCCCCAACUGUCGUUAUCCGAAGCAGAGGCCCUGAAGGACGAUCUGCGCGGCUGGACCAACAGCCUCGGGAAACAGGAGUCCCUAUUUUCCUCCGUCAGAGGAUGCAUUCAGACACGCAAGGGAGUUCCUGCCCAUUUUCUUCCAGGGAUGGUUCACAAGCGGACGCUUCCCCCCACCCCUUCGUCUCAGACUUACGUCCGUUGGCUUCAGGGACAACAAGACACUUUGGGGAGAAGAGCUGGUGGGCUUAAUCAGCCCACUUUCCUCUCGCAAGGUCUGGGAGGUUCGGCGUUGUGUGCAGACCCUUCGGGGCAGGGGGCUCUCCUCUCCCAAGCAGGGGAAAACUCUCCAGCGGGGCUGGGCAGCCCGGCCUUUGGCUCUUCAAGGAUGAUGGGAGUUGUGGUUGUGGAAGCCGCUGGAACUCAUCAACGGCGGUCGGGAGGGAAAGCAGCGGACUAAAUAAAUCAAUGUUUGCGAAAACCCAUUUCCUUAUUCGAUUUUUGCUGCCAUUUAACGCCACAUCCUGUCCUC